UGGCAAUGACAUGAGAGGAGACUGUGCUUGUGUUGUUCAUGCUGAUCAGUUUUUGCAGCCAAUUUCCAGAAAGAAAUGAACUCUUUUAUUCUUAUUGGAGGUGCAAGAGAUAUCUGUAACAUCACAAGACAAGACCUAUCCAAAUUGAAAAAAAAAACUGAUGACUGGAAGCAGCAAAAGAAAGAUAAGAAGAAAGGUUUGAAUUAAUUUGAAGAAGGAUUGUGAAAUUUGUGUGACUCCAGACCAGACUCUCAUUUGUCAACAGUGUCAGUGACACUGACAGUGUCGUCAGUCAUCAGGAAAGGAAAACCCGGUAAAAACUCUACCAAGAUCCAAGCCUCAAGCCAGGACAGCUAACAAUCUAAUUUACUCCUAACACUUAGACUUACACUUACAGAAGACAGUCAAGAGGUCGUCAACAUGACGACUGUCAGGAGACAGAAUUUGACGCAUGCAACUCAAGAGCGCAUGAUGGUGCAGGCCAGACAGAAGGAAGAUGCCAGGGAGGACCACCUGAAAAGACUAGCCAAAGAAAAAAUAUUAGAAGCAAACAUGGCCAGUGAGGAGAAGGUGGAGAACAAGAGAUAUAUCAGGAGGCUCCAACAGGAAGACAUGGAAAGGAACAUGGCAGAAUCUAUUCAAAAGUCUCAGCAAGAGAGGAUCCAGAGGGAGCAACAGAUGGAGCAGGAGGAGCGUUUAGCCAACAAGCUCCAGCAGCUGAAGGUGGACAGCCAACGCAAGGAGAAGGUUCGCCAGCAGAUCAGGGAGAACAGUCUGGAGAUCAGGGAGCUGGAGCAGAAGCUGAGGGCAGGUUACAUGAACCGGGAAAGGGCAGCACAGAUUGCGGAGAAGGAGGCAAGCAAAUAUGACAAGACGGCAAGAGACGCGGACAUCGCUCGUCUGAUGAAGGAGGAGUCAGCCCGUGCCGAGGCCGAGGAUCAACGCAAGCUGGUGGAGAAGUACCAGGAGAGCGUGCGUUACCAGCAGGAGCUGGAGAAACAGCUGGAGGAGCAGGAGAAGAAGAAACAGGAGGCCUAUGAGGAGUUCUUAAAGGAGAAGCUCAUGAUAGAUGAGAUCGUCAGGAAGAUCCACGAGGAGGAUGAAAGAGAGAGGGAAAUCUACCUUGAGAAGCAGCAUGCCACCAAGCGCUACAUCGAGGAGGAUGCCGUCGCCCGACAGAAGUGGAAGGACAUAGAGAAGCAGAAGAUGGAGCGAGAGAACAUGGAGAUCCUGGCGUUUGCCACACUCCAGCAGCAAAGGGAAGAGGACAGAAUGGAGAACAAGAGAUUGCAGGAGGAGGCCAAGGCAUCCGUUCAAAAGAAUUUGAGCGAGGAGAUUGCCAGGAAGCGUGCCAUGGAGGAGGAGAUGCAGCGGGUCCGGGAUGAGCUCUACCACGAGGAGCAGGAGGAAGCAGUGCGUCAGAAGGAGCUGGCGGAGAUCGAGAGGCAGAUCCGCCAGAGGCUGGAGCUCCAGAAGACCUACCAGGAACAGCUCCGGCUCAAGAGGAUGCGGAGGCAGGCCGAGCUGGAAGAGGAGGAGGAGUUCAAGCGACAGAUGCUGGCUAAGUUUGAGGAAGAUGACCGCAUCGAGCAGAUGAACGCUCAGCGUCGUCGCAUGAAACAGCAGGAGCACAAGCGCCGGGUGGAAGAGCUCCUCAGAGACCGCCGUGCUCAGUUUGCGGCAGACAAGGAGCGUGAGAGGGCGGAGCGCGAAGAGGCGGAGAACCUGGAGAAGCUCCGCAUGGAGAUCAUCGAGGAGGAGAGACAGAGGCUCCUGAAGGAGCAUGCAUCCAAGCUCCUGGGAUUCUUGCCAAAGGGAGUUAUCAGAGACGAGCAUGACUUGGAGCUGUUUGACGACGAUUUCAAGAGGAAUUACAGUGGCCGACAGAGGGACAUGUACAGUGCAGAUGGCUGGGAAUAAAUAAAACAUCAGUUUACGUUAAUGAGUACUAAAAAAAAAUGAAUGAACUUGAGAUUAAAACUUCUUUUGCUAAUCUCCUAGAUGGAUGGAACGAUCGAUGUUCCACCUUGUGGUCAACAGUGAUUAGAACAGAAACAGACAAGCUGUGAUAAAAGAAAAUCAAUAUUACGUCUCGACGUUGGUGCAUUUAAUUUGGGAACAGUCCGAUCAUGGACGCCCAUUCCGUCCAACUUGGUUAACUUUGGAAAGUUUUGUUUGUCUUUUGAAUAUAUUGAAAGGGAGUUGAAUCAAUCACUCACAUGCAGAGGUUUAAAAAAAUUAAGCAGGUAUGGAAAUAACGUAAAUAUCAAACUCAUUCUAAUAUCUUGACAUUAGGACUACUUCUUAAUUCUGAGAAUGCUUUAAGUACAAUCUUGGACGCUCUUUCCAUCCGAUUUUUUUACUUAUAGGGAGGCUUUGUUUGUCUUUUGAGUACAUUCAAAGUAAGCUGAAUUAAUCCCUCACAUGCCGAUUUCAAAAGAGCAGAUGUGAACAUGAUAUGAAUAGUCCAUGGGGUAUGACAGACAAAAGUUAUAUGUUGCGCACCACUUGAGUUCCAUAUAAGUAAUGCUUGAGGUAACACUAGCAAAUAUGAAAAUAUAAGUGAUUCAAAGUGAUGCUUUGGAUAAAAGUCAAAGUCACGCUCCACUUGAUUUCCAUAGCAGGGUACAUGCUCGAAAAAUUUAUGAUGGGACAUGGGUCAAUUCAUGGUGGAUUGAACAACUUUUCAGUUUGCAUGGCAUAUAUGUCACUGCUAACCCCAUUUUGCUGGGACUGAAAAAUCAAGAUGGUGUAAGGACACCAUACUUAAAUGAGCUUAUUUUCCAGUAGUGAGGUGAACUUCUAGUCUACGGAUAUAUGGCUCAUGCGUCGUAUUGCCUGAAAUGGGGUUACCUUGAAUAUAUAAAAAACUCUACCCUCCAGAAAACACUGGUGUCUUGUGCCUUUUAUGUGUUUAAUUUUUCAACAAUAAUAUAGUCUCAAAUAUAUAGAUAGUUAUGUACAUAUUGUAUGGUAUUGGAAAGGGAAUGAGAUUUUGAUAUUGGUUAAUUGAUUGUGGAUUUUGUUAAUAUAUGUAUGUAUAUCUUUGUAUCAAGACUUUAUUACUUUCAAAUUAAGUGGUAUUACAUUUUCUUUAUAACUUUGUAGUGUUGAUGUAUACUCAACAUUCCCGUAUAGUUUCUGAGUAUAAGAGAAAGGGAUCUUGUUUUCGUCAGAUUGAUUUGAAUAAGAUAUCUGAAAAGGAUUAAUUUCUUUGACUUGAAUAAAUAUUUCUUUAUGUUUGAUAAUAGUUGCCAACUGCCUGAAAGGAAUGGGCGUACCUAUUCAGGGUCUCAUAACACAAAGAUUAGCAAUUGAUCAUAUGCUCGAUUUUCAUGAUUGAUAUUGCAUUGUAGUCAAUGCAAUCUAUCAUCAAAAUUUCUUCUGCAAUCAUUGCUAAGCUUUGUGUUGCAGUAGUCGGCAUAUGGUAAAUGCUAGCACUAAGUUAAAUCUGUUUGGGCUAGACACCAAAAUCUUGAAAUUUUUUUUGACUAACUCUUCACUUCGCAUGUUUAUGUCUAAAUUAUUGUUGCACAAUAGGUUAUUUGCUACGUUGACAAUUUCUCCAGGCUUUAUUUGUGUCUAAGAUAUAGGAUUAUGGUUGCAAGAUGGUUUUAUUUUAAAGGUUUUUGGUUAGGUUAAGGCCAGGGAAAAGUGUUAAAUCCAGGGGUGAUGUUGGUCAUUCCAUAAAUUUUUGGACUUGACAGCUGAGCAAUUGUCACCAGAGCAAACAAGAUGAAAAAAGUUCUGAACCAGUUAAGCUGCCGUUAAUCAUCCAAAUCCACACUACUUAUAAAAACUUCAUGCUCAUAAUUCUGUGUAAUAUACGUUAUGAGCUAUAUGUUUUACAUACAUAUUAUAUGUUUCCAUGAUUUUGUAAUAGAUGGGGAAUUUAUGAAAGUUUAAAAAUCUAGCAAUUUCUGAUAUGUAUGUUCUAUUUUUAUUCAUGGGUAGCUCCGAGUAUUUUUUUUAGGGGGGGGGGGUCUGAUGCAGUCUUAUAUCUCAUCGUGUUUCCUUUGCUUGUUUUGAGAAAAAUCAUAAGGGGGAGUGGCGAACCCAGCCUUCUCUUAUUAUUAGAUAUACAUAUGAUUGAAGUUAUUAUUUGCAAGGUUUGACUUGCGAAAUCUGUGAAAAUUAUAACCCUGUACAAAUUACCAUUAUAGUAAACAGCAAUAUUUUUGGUGUCUCUUCAACAUUGUGCUUAUUAUUCUUAAAUGAAUGUUCAGGCCAUGAAAAGCCUGGAGCUAACACAAUCUUAUCAAAAUAUCUAGUUAUAGACAUAUUAGAAAAAUAUAAAUCAUUAAUCAUGAUGAAGGAAUAGUGACAGAUGAAGUCACAUGUAUCUGAAAAUUAAACCAGUACAUGUAUGUCCAACUGUUGGUGAAAUGUUAGUGUAAGAAUAUUCUAAUGCUUAUAAUAAGCAUACAAAUAAUUUGAAAAAAUAUGUAAAUAAUAUUGCAGUAAGUACAUUAUGUAAAUUUAUGUCAUUAAAGAAAAAGAUAUAAAGUA